AUGUUCGAUGACAUCUUGAAACAAUAUAGUGUUGAUAACUCUGGUGAUGCAUUCGUUGGUGGCCUCCUUAACAACUUAGCUUCUGACCCAAGUAUUCUCAAGGAUGAAAAGAGGCUAAAAGAAUCUCUAUACUUCGCCAAUACCUGUGGCGCCAUGACGGUAACAGAGAGAGGUGCAAUCCCUGCACUGCACACAAGGGAAGCUGUCUUGAAACUAAUAAAGCAAGUUGAUUCCUGA